AGAAAUUCAGAACUGUGGGUGAGAAUUCGCAUGGGAACUCCGGAGGCUACGCGAGAACCCUGUCCCGAUCGUAUUCUUGACAACAUCGGCGGUGCUUUUGCUAUGGGGGCCGUCGGCAGCUCCGCUUUUUACUUUCUCAAAGGUCUCCGCAACUCCCCCAGUGGUGCUCGGUUCCCUGGCGCCUGCCAAGCCGUCAGGAUGAACUCCCCUCGUGUCGGCGGCGGCUUCGCCGUCUGGGGCGGCUUGUUCUCCACUUUCGAUUGCGGCUUGGUUUACCUCCGCCAAAAGGAGGAUCCUUGGAACUCCAUCAUGGCCGGCGCCGCCACCGGCGGCUUGCUCCAGAUGCGUCAGGGUCUCCCCUCAGCGGCUCGUUCGGCUGCUGUUGGUGGUGUACAGUUGGCUUUGAUCGAAGGUGCUGGAAUCAUGAUCAACAAGUUCGCUGAACAAAAUCAACGGGUUAUACUUGAAGAGCCGCCGCCCAAUCUGCCCGCCUUGCCUGGGUAUCCGAGCCACCUGCCGGGGCAGCCAGGUCCUGAAGUGGCGUUGUCAACUGGGUCUUCUUCCGAUUCGGGUUCCGAUUCGUGGGUUGGUGGGUGGUUCGGUGGUGGAAAGAAGAAAGAGUCUCAAGUACCGUCGAGUAGUGGAAGCGAAACCAAGGUUUUGGAGAGUUACGAUGCACCCCCUGUGCCAAGUUUUGAGUAUUAUUGAAACUUAAUUCAAUACAGAACUCAUCACAGCAACAUAUAGAAAGAAACAAACAAGAAGAAUCACACAAAGAACACACAAAUUUUACGAGGUUCGGUCUAGAAAUGACCUACAUCCUCGGUGAACUCCAUCCAAGAAGUUCUUGCACUAUGAACAAAACAGAUACACCUUUGUAGCAGUUUCUCUCUUGAUUUUACAGAUUUUCUACACCCAUAAACCACACCAGAAACCCCUUUACAACCUUUCUCUUUCUCACAAAUCACUCACCCAGAAUGAUCCUAAACAAUACCUAGAGAAAGAGAAAUACAAAGAGAAAGAGGCUACAACAAGAAAAGAGAAAACCAGAAGAAAAAACUUUGAUCGAGAACUAGCUGCUUCUAUCAUCUGUUUUUCUGUUUCUGCAGUUAAACCAUUAUUUAUAAACCUCCAAAACAGAAAACUAACCGCUGACUCAUCCUAACUACUUCCUUAAGUGCAACGGCACCGUUUCACAAGUGAUGCUUAAAAGAAACGUUAACUUUUGACCAUCUCUCAAUUGAAUCACAACCAGCAGCCACCUGCCGGGGCAGCCAGGUCCUGAAGUGGCGUUGUCAACUGGGUCUUCUUCCGAUUCGGGUUCCGAUUCGUGGGUUGGUGGGUGGUUCGGUGGUGGAAAGAAGAAAGAGUCUCAAGUACCGUCGAGUAGUGGAAGCGAAACCAAGGUUUUGGAGAGUUACGAUGCACCCCCUGUGCCAAGUUUUGAGUAUAAGUGAUUUUUGGGUGAAAAAAUGUGAUUUUGAUUUAAAAAAAAAAUCAAUUUAAAAUCAGUUCGUUGUUAGAAGAGAUUGGACUCAAUCUGGAGAAAGAAUGCUGGAUGCUUUGUUGGUUUAGCCUGCAGUACUUUUGGCGCUAUUUCUCUUACCAAUGGUAGAACUCACUUGAACUAUAAUGUUAAGAAUCUCACUUGCAUUGAUUCCGUAGUUAUGUUUCAGAAUGAAGGAUUUCAUAGACCAGUAAUUUCUGUAAUUUGUAUAUCAAAAGACUGAUUUAGAUCUUGUUUUAUGAAUUUGUAAAUGGUAAUAUUGCAGUUUUACUUGGCGCAAGCUUUGUAGAGGUGCUUUGUUUCUUUGGUGGAUCAUGCUUGGCCAUUGCUGCACCAUUGAGAAUAUGGAUAUUUUUCUUUUCCAUCAUUAGCAUGACCAUUACUCUAUUCAAUUGAUCUAGGUGAGCGAAACCCUUCAAAGUUCUAGCAGUAAGAUUGGCUCAAUGUUAAGUAAGAAUGAGCCAUGAGCAUGAAUUCAUGAUAUGUUAUAUGGAGUGUAAAUGCAUUGCCCGUUUUAAUUCCUUUACCUCCAUAGCUUUGUCUGCAAUUUCUAUUUAUGCUUUUAACAUUAUUUCGUAUAUUUAUAUGAUUAUGCAUGGAUUUUGAUUUA